AUGGAUUGUCUUACAGAAAGCACUAUUUCUCUGAAUUUUGAUGAACGCGCAAUUUUUUUGAUAAUGCUAAUUAUGGCACAGUCAGAUGAGCUAAACCAAGAUCUACCCAAGAAAAACAGCCAAAAUGGUGUUAACCUAUCACAAGAAAUAUAUGAUGAAACAAAUAUUGAUGAACUAAAAAAAAAAGUGAAUGAUUUAGAACUGCAGCUCGAAUAUGAAAUAAAUAGACACGAUGCUGAGAUUAAGGAAAGGGAUGAAACGAUAAAAAUGCUUGAGGAAAAAAUAAACGAACUGGAAAACUGCAAAAGAGAAACAGAAGAAAAGGAUGAUGCUAUUUUAAAUAUGAGUGAACAACUUUUAAUAUUAUCUAAUAAAUAUGAUAUUUUAGUAAAAGAAACUAAAUUACAAGAAGAAGAAUUAAAACAUCUUAAGAAUAAAAAAAGGUAUAGAAAUGAUGAAACAAAUGAAUAUAUAGGAACUUUGAAAAAACAGAAUAAUGAUUUUAAAAAAGAUAACGAAUUAAUAAAUGAUAAGAAUGCUCAAUUAUUAAAAGAAAACAGUACAUUAAAAAAUUCUUGUAAAAUAUUACAAGAACAGUUGGACGAAAAUAGGAAAAACUUGGAACUUGUUAAGAAGCAAAUAACAAAAGAUUUCGAUCAGAAGAAUGCACUGAAGAUACUAAAUAUAGGAACCUUAGGUAUAGCAUUUGUUUUUUCUUUCGUACUGUUCAUCCUAUUAUAUACAGAUAACUCGAAUUCCCUUAAAUUAGAAUUAGAAUAUAAAGAUAUGAUAAUAAAAAGGCUACUAAGAAAAAGGGUUAUCGAUGAGGAAGUGAUGAAACUUGAGUCGAACAGCAAAAACAAUGGCAGUGACAACAGCAAUGGAAACAGCAGUGGAAACAACAUUGACAAUAAUGAUAAUAAUAAUAACAGUAAUAACGGAAGAAGCAAUAGCAAUGACCAGCUAGUUAACUAUAAACAAAAAGUGGACGAACUAUAUCAGAAAUACCUCAAUUCCCAAAGUGAUAACGAUAAAUUGAACAAUAAAAUUAGCAAAUUAAACGACAAUAUAAAUGACCUGAAAAAAGAAAACGUUGACCUGUUGAGCAUUAUAGACACAUUAAGAGAAUACAUAAACAAGGUGUAUAAGGAGGAUGUGAAUAUUCAUCAAUUUGAUGAUUUGAUAAAUAAUCUUUUGAAGGAGAAUUCGACCUUAAAUGAAGAGUUGACGAAGCAAAAAAGAAAGAAUAUGGUGGACACGUAUUACUUUAACAAAGAAUUACAAUUUAUGCAAAAUGACAAAUUAAAAAUUAUUGAAAAAUUUGAUAACACAAAUAUUAAUAAAAUCCCUCAUUUAUAUAAACCACUCAAUGUAACCCUCAACGAGGAAAGUAAUAAUAGGGAUAUGGAACAUGCUCUGUUUGAUGGUGGUUAUAAUAGUAACUCUUAA